AUGAUCCGCCGCGGCUCCGAGGUCAACGCGAAAGCGCUGCCCCCAAAAACCGAGUACAUCCUCUACUGCCGCCCGUCGCAACUCCAGGUGAAGCUUAUGCAGGAGCUGUGCGAUGAUAUGAUGGCCGAUCCACUUACAAUCAUUAUGCAUUUGCGGUCAAUUGCCAAUCAUCCGUCUCUGUUUCUCGGCAAAAACCUGGAAGAAGGGACUAGGCCUCGCAUCCAACGGCUCGCCCAGCAAUACGCUAGCAAAACUUCUGGAUUUGUCGAAAAUUCAGGAAAGCUCGUCGUGUUUGCAAGCCUGCUGGUCGCCUUCGCACAAUCCGGAGAGAAGGCUGUGAUUUUCAGCAAUUUCACGCAGACAUUGGACAUGCUGGCGUCGUUUUGCCGCAACUUUAACUUUAACGUCGAACGACUGGACGGUCAAGUACCAACGAAGGAGCGACAGAAAAUUGUCAACCGCUUCAACGAUCCGGCGACGCCCGCAAAUACCAUCUUGCUUGUUUCGACGAAAGCAGGUGGCACCGGCUUGAAUCUGAUUGGCGCCUCACGCCUAGUGCUUUUUGACUCCGACUGGAAUCCGGCAAAUGACUUGCAGGCGAUGGCUCGAAUUUGGCGCGACGGUCAGAAGAAGUCAUGUCAUAUCUAUCGUCUCGUGACUUCGGGCACGAUCGAUGAGAAAAUUCUGCAGCGUCAAAUCAAGAAGACCGGCUUGCACGCCAUCUUUGAUAUGGAGACGUCGGUGGUGGCGCCCGAAUUCCAGGAGGAGGAUCUGAAGGACAUCUUUGAGGUUGAGACAGCGGAUGAAUCGAACACUCAUCGCAUAAUGGGUUGUCACUGUGAGGGCGAUGGGACGACGGCUGAGGAGCGUGACAUUGAGGAGGAAGGCGAUGGCGACGCCGAGUCCAAUGAGAAGGAGAAUAAGGCAGAC